AUGGCACACAUCGUCACCCCGCUCGACCAGCCCUCCAACUACAAAGACUCUCAGUCUAGAUUCGACCGACACACGCAAACCGACCUCCUGUCAAAAACUACCACGCUCUAUGUCGGGAAUCUGAGUUUUUAUACUACUGAAGAGCAGAUUUAUGAGAUAUUCUCGAAGUGCACUAACACCGAGGACGGUGGAGGCAUCAAGCGUAUCAUCAUGGGUCUCGACCGCAAUACGAGGACACCUUGUGGGUUCUGCUUUGUUGAAUAUUACAGCCAUGCGGAGGCAUUAGCUUGCCUUCGCUACAUCAGUGGCACCAAAUUGGAUGAGCGCAUCAUUAGGUGCGACCUCGACCUAGGCUAUAGAGACGGCAGGCAAUUUGGUAGGGGCAAAAGUGGUGGACAGGUACGAGACGAACACAGACAAGACUACGAUCCUGGUCGCGGCGGAUGGGGAGCACAAGCGCAGCGUGCCGAAAUCGAGCGGAGACGCGAGGUUGAAGAGCGUUACAACGACGCCCAAGACGUUCCUGGCGCGGUUGCUGGUGGUGGAGGUGACUGGAAAGCGACGGAGCACGUUCAGCAGUCGACGCUCAAGCGUGGAAGGUCGCCAGAGGAUGAUGAUACUACACGAGGGGAGCCUCGUCCCAAGCUGGAAGAACACGAACCGGAAGCAGAGCGUAUGUGA